CAGAGUGUGUCGUAAUUUCAAGAAGACUGAAGAAAACCAAAAUGUUUUCUUCUAUGCUAAUAUUGUCCCUGCUGACUUGCGUUGUGAUAUUUCAAAACUGUCACGCCUCCCCUCGCGAAGGCAUUCAAAGUCUAGAGCCUGAAGCAGAGAUGGUAUUGCAAAGACCAACGCUGGAAAAUCUUUAUAAAUCUGAAAGUGCUUUGCACAGAUUGAAGCGUGCCCUGCAGGAUUUAUCUUACGACGAGCCGACUGAUGACAUGGAAUUCGCGGAAAUCAAUGUAUUCCGGCCCCUGUUUAGUUAUCGUUUCUCUAAGGUGAAAGCUCGACCGCAACAAUUAGGGAGAUAGUAGAAUCUAUAAGUAUAUUAAGUUCAUUGGCAGAAUCUAAAGACUCACUCCAUCAUUAUUAUAAGUAUUUAAUUUAAGUGUUUUUAAA